AUGGUGCUGCCGACAUGCAGGCAAAGCUACCAACCACCAUCUCUCGCCUUCGAUGUCGUCGCCAGCGGGAGAAGAGGGUCUGUAGCAGUACGCCCAAUACUUCUUUCAGAUCGGAAUGAGAAAGAAAGGGAGAAGGCGAAGAAGAGUAGAUCCGGCGGUGGCGGGUUUGCCUUGAGGAGCGGCACGAACGGUGGUGGCGGGCUCGGCCUUGAGGAGCGGCGGCGUCCUCCCCAGUCCCCUGUCUUUUCUUCAUCGUCACUAUUCCCCGCCAUCAUGCCUGCAACCGCAUCCUUCUUUCCCUGA